AUGACGCCCUCCUUCCGAGAGAGGCUCCCAGACACUGCCCAUCCGCCUGUGAUUUCACCCCCAGCUCAUCGCAAGCACCCAGCCGUCACGGCAGCUUCUCCCCCGACACCGGGGCCGUGUCCGCCGCUAGCCGCCGGCCCCCACCGGCACGGCCCGUCGGGAACACGGGCCCGGCCCGACGCUCCCCGGGGCCCGGCCAAUGCACGUGCUCGAGCCCGGCCCGCCGGCCGCCCCCCGGCCCGGCUCCGGCCGCAGCCGCCGGCACAUGCCGGACACCUCCGGCGCCUUCCCCGGUGCCACCCACGCGAGGCCGGGCCUGCCGGCUCCCCAGCCCCAGGGCCGUGCGGGGCCUGGGCCGUGUCAGCGCGGCCCCGGCCCUCUCUUCUCCCGCGGCGGGAGGAAGGCGGCGGCCGGGCCUCGCGGCGCCCGCUCGCUCGCCGGGAGCGCACCCGCCACACGCCGUGUUCGCUGCCUCCCCCGGCGCCGCAGCCCCAGCCCCGGCCCGCCCGCUCAGCCCCGGUCACUCUCUCUACCUGUGUGCCCCGCGUCCCCCGGCGCCCGGCGGCGCUGCGGGGCCCGGCGCGGGUGCGGGCGGUGCUGGCUCGGGCUCAGGUGCGCGCCGCCCCGCGCUGGCCGCCGCCGGCCGCCGCCGCCGCCCGGUCGCGCACUCGGAGCGCCGCCAGCAGCGCGGACAUGUUGGAGCCGCCGUCCCCCCCGCCCGCGUCACCGCGCUCGGGAGAGCUGGGCGGGGCCAGGCUCACCCCGCCCGCCCCAUCCCGCCGGCCAUUGGCCGCCGGCCCCCCUCGGGCAGGACUGACGGAAGCGGCUGUCGGCGAGCGCCCUCGCCCCUCCCAGCCUCCCUCCCGCCGCCACAUCCCCUCCCUCCCGGCGGCGCGGUUUGCCUGCAGGCCAUUGGCUCCCAGCGCCGCCACUCCCGCAGCCUCUCUCGCCCCGGCCGCCGCUUCGCCCAGGGGGCGUGAACCGACCCGCGGGUGCCUUUUUCUGAUUGGCCGCUGUUCCUGCCAAUCAAGUGCGGCCCGCGGGGCAGCGGAGCGCGGUCCGACCCGCGCGCCGAGCCGCUCCGCACGGCGAUUGGUCGCGGGGCGGGCGAGAGGCGCGCGACCUCCCCCGCGCCCCACGGGGGGCAGUGGGGAGUACCCGUAUGUGCGCGCGAUUACAUCACCAGCAGCCAAUCAGGGCGCGCGGGGCAGGUGUCCCGCCCGAGGGGGGCGGGGCCUGGCGCCCCAGGCGGGACCCGCUGCACCUCGCACGGCCCGUGAGGCGGGAGCCGCGGCUGCCGCCGGCGCCGGUCGGGGUUGCUGGUUACCGCACCGAAGAGCCAGGCUGGAGGUGUCUCGCUCCUCUGCCUUCCCAUCUGCCCGCGGGGCUCGAGUGCCGUGUCCCGGCUCACGGGACAGAGGGGCUGCAUCCCCGCUCCGGUGUCCGAGUGGGCGUCUCGGGGUCGCCCCUGGUACCCCACCGAGCCUGCUGACACCGGGGCCGCCUGAAGAGUAG